UUUGGGUGUUGCAAGCUACAGCUGUGUUGUACAGAAAGCUCAUCGUGAAGAAGAGUGUUCUACCAAGUCCCGCGGGAAAAAAAAAAAAAAAAAGUUUUUUUUUUUUUUUUUUUUUUUUUUUUUUUUUUUUUUAAAGGAUGCUCCAACUACCGACUGUCAGCUUUGAAGUGCAAAAAUCACUUUUUCAGACGGUGCUGGAGUCUGUUUUCUGGAUGUUUUCCUAUCAUCUGUUUACUGAAAUACUGAGUCGUUAUACUAAGGAAGAAGAAUCAGGACUGGAUGUGAAAUGGUUAUAUCUACGCAGUUUGAUCCAUUUUUAAUAUUGGGUACCAUAAGAUUGCCUGUAUGCUUCGAACUGCCUGAACGGUUAAGAAAAAGCCAGAAUGUUUUCAGAUUCCCUGCUGCUGCCUUCUGCUUAUACUUACAGAAGUGUCAGAUCUGCAUGCAAAAACAUACUGUUUGCACUCCUGCUUUGUACAAGCCUAACCAGCAGUGCAUUUGAGAGCUGUCCAACUGACUGUAUUUGUGCCAGCGACAUUAUAACCUGCAGCAACAAGAAGCUACCUACUUUGCCUCGUAUUGUUUUCCAGUUUAUUUCCAGGCUGGACGUGAGCUAUAACAGGAUAGUUCGGCUCAAUACAGACUGGGCUCCAAAUCCUCUUGAUAAACUUAACACACUGAUUCUCAGCCACAAUUCCAUAAGUCACAUCACCACCGGAGCGUUCAGCAACACGCCUAAUGUAAGGUACCUAGACCUGUCGUCCAAUAAGUUGAGCAGUUUGAGUGAAACGGUUUUUCAAGACCUGACAGAGCUGGAGGUGUUGCUGCUUUUUAACAAUGCAAUCGCCCAGAUAAAGGCAGGUGCCUUCGGAGGGCUGCAUGCAUUACAGAAGCUGUACCUGAGCAGGAACUUGAUCACCCAGUUUCCCUUGGAAGUCCUUGUUGGAAAGCUGAGUCUUUCCCAUCUUGAAUUGUUGGACCUGUCUUUAAACUCUCUCAGAGAAGUGCCUGUUCAGAAGAUUAUUUCACUGCCAGCCAGGCAACAGCAUGGGCUGUACCUUCAUGAUAAUCCAUUUACUUGUGACUGCACAUUGUACACAAUGCUAAUGUACUGGUACAAGAGGCAGUUCCACCCGGUCGUAGAUUUUAAAAGUGAUUACAACUGUUUUUUUCAGCCUCAUUUGAAAGUGCCCAUUAAUCUGUUCUCUCAAUCGGAAGGCUUUAUGAACUGUGCCAACAGCACCAUCAAUGGCUCUUUUCAUUCUUUGGGAAUGAUUUAUGAGGUGAGUUUUGGGGACAGGUUGGUGGUACACUGUGACAGCAAAGUAACUGAUGGAAAUUCUGUUUUUUUCUGGGUGACUCCCAGCCAAGAAUUAGUCCAGCCAGGCAACCACAGUCAAAAUCUGAAUGUUUUUGUCAAUGGAACCCUGGAGGUCAGCCAUGCACGAAUAGAAGACUCUGGAAUCUACACGUGCAUUGUCAUCAACAGUAGAAGAAAGCUUAAUGAAACUAUAGAGGUCACAAUUAAAGUGAGUAACUCCACAAUUGACAGGUCUCGUUCUCAUGAGACAUUCAGCACUGCCUUCACUACACUUGCAGCCUGUGUGGCCAGUAUUAUUUUGGUGCUCAUCUAUCUCUACCUGACCCCUUGCCGUUGCUGUUGUAAAACAAGGAAAACAAAAAGAAAACCAAAUUUCGGCAGUGCGCACUCAUUCAUUCUGAGCACCACUCCGUCCAGUGACACCCAGCCGAACAGAAAAGCCGCCACCUGCAAAAGAGUGGUGUUCCUGGAGCCAGGGAGAGAACCAAAGCAGGACCAGAAUGGAAAAAUAAAGCUGCUUCCUGCUGACCAGGUCAUGACCGAAAGCAUAUUAAAGAACAGCAAAACAAAGUCAGAAACUGACUCUGCUAAUUCCUUGUUCUCAGACACCCCUUUCUUGGCUUAGCCUGCAUGAUAAGAUUGAACUGCCUCUUAUGCUGUGUGUAUUCUUAGCCAGCUGGCUUGGUUAAUGGAAAGAUCAGAUCUGUUAAACUUGCAGCUCUUUUGUCAAACAAACAGGUACUGGAUAAUUGUAACAGAGUGUUGUACAUGACCAGCGACUGGGAAUAUGGCACCUCAUCAGUGUCCGAGUGCAUUAUCCCUCCCUGGUCAUGAUCACAAGCUUGCUGCAGGGCACUGCAGUUUAAAUUUGAGAUUUAGUUACAUCAAAGAGAUAGAUUUAUCUUCAGAAGUGAACAGACCGCACAUGUCUUAAUUUGAAAAAAAAGGUCUGCUAACCCAGGUGCUGGCAAGCAAUAUCGACUGGGAAUUUUGCAGCUAUUUUCAUUGAGCAAGAAUGAUUGUUUGUAUGUGCUGAAAAAUGAAAAGCCUGUUGAGUGAAAGGGUAAUUUAUGUAUAGUGGAUUAAAAAUAAACCAAUGGUGGGAAAUGUGUAAUUUAUUAUUUUUAUAAAGUCUGAAUGAUGACACUGAGACUAUAACGCAGUAUGAUAAGGGUUGCUUAGAUUUUUUUUUUUGAUUUUUUGAUAGAUUUUUUUGUUUUGUUUUACUUUAAUUCUAGAAAUACCAUUAUAUUUUUUGCAAACAAACAGCGUACAAUCUGGAAGACUUUUUUUUAGUAAAAUCACCUUUGUUAUGAAGCAUCUCUGUUUCAUAAAUAUUAGAAAGAUUAUAUUCAGGCUCAGGGCAUGUAUAGUGAAACAUUCUGAAAAGAAUAUUGUCUACUGGCUGAAUACAAAAGAUGUACAGCAUAGAUUCUGUAACAUUUGUGUGAAUGCAGGCAAAAUAAUUUUAAUUUUAGCAGCAGAUAAUUGCCAGACCACUGUGGAUUUAGUGUAGGUUGAGACACCUGCAGAGGUAAACAUAUAGCAGAGGUUCUCAUUUUAUGACUUUUUAUGUAACGGUUUUGUUUUGCAUUACAUUUUUUAAAAGGAAGAAGUACUCAGACUGCUUGUUCCUCUAACAAGAUAAAACAUAAGAGGGAAAUUAAGUCUGAGCACUUGUGUCCUGAGAUUAUGGAAGUGAUAACAUUAACCCUUCCAUGCUCUCAACCUUUGUACUGUAGCAUAUAUUUUAUUCUGAACAUGUAAUUUAAAUAAGCUUCAGGCAACCAAGCAAACUCCUAAUAUGAGCAAAACUGUGCCUUCGUACAAGCCCCCCUUUAUCUCAACAUUUACUACGUGUGCAAUCAUUUUAUGGUCAUUAAUUAUUUGUAUGCCUUUUAUAGAAGCAUAUGCAGUGUUGUCAGAUUUAUCAAAAGCUAAAUGAUGUUCUCAUUUUAGAUUCUCUAGACUGUGAUAAGGAUAAAAUCAUAUUACCAAACAUAAUUAUGAGACUGGGUUUUUAAACUGUAAAUGUAUUGACUGAGUAUAAUGUGUCCCUAAUCCUCCAUCAUAGUCAUAUCCUGUAAUCUGCUUUUUAAUAUAGAUUUUUUUUUUUUUUAAUUAACCAUAUUAUUUAAUAACAUUAUUCUUACUGCAGACAAAUCAAGUUUUAAGUCUUAAUACGUUUUUUUAGGAUUGUUAGUGCAGUGUCUUCAUUAACUUAUACCUACAGUAUUGCCCUAACUGGGUAAAAGGAAUUGUUGUGUGUCUAAAUACUGAUUGCAUUAUUCACACAAUGCAAUGUGUUUAAACAGUUUCGUAACCUCCAAAUAUUGGCCAAAAUGUGUGUGCUAAUGUAUAUGUGGUACUGUACAGUAUGUGUGGAAUUAGCUGAACAUUAUUGUAUUUUUAGUGUUCUGUAUUAGUCAUUAUUACGAAUACUUUUAGAUAUUUUCUUUCACACUAUGCAUUGUAAUUAUUUAGAUUUUGUUAUACUUGACAAGCUUAGCGAAUAUGGUCUGUUAUUAGUCAGCUGUUGUUAGAAAUCUGAAAAAAAGUAAAUUCAAAAUAAAACAAUGGAUGUUCUUAUCUUUAUUCUUUUCAUUUGUGUGAGCACUUUCAUUUUUAUUUGUUUACCUUCCUAUCACAUUUAUUAAAUGUUGUUUUAUUUUUGAUAGUUGUUGCCCCAUAGGCCAUCAAAGACAGAUAAUAAUAGUUGAAUAAUCAGUUAAGUACAAUGAAACCACAUUCUACAAUUAAAACCACUUAAUGUAUUU